AAGCAAUGACACCACCACCAUCAAAUCCACUUGCUGACAAGAGAUCAUACAGCAAUGGUCACAGCUCACCAGCUCGAACAGCAUCUGCCGGAAAACCUGCUUCAUCCACCACAGACAAGAAACUUCAGAUAAAUGGACACCCGUCUCCCUUACACCUGCCAACCAGUAUCAAUAACAACCACGCAGGUAAACCACAUGCAGAAAUUCACAUGAAGACAGAUGACAGGAUGCGUUUAGCCAAAGAGCGACGUGAGGAGAGGGAGAGAAGCCUUGCGGCUAGGGAGCAGCUGAUCCGAGAGAAGGAGCGUCGGGCUCGGCUGCAGUAUGAACGCACAGUAGAGGAGCGCUGGAGGAGACUUGAGGAGCAGAGACAGAAAGAGGAGCUCCGUAGAGCUGCUGUGGAAGAGAAGAGGAGGCAGCAACUCGAGGAAGAGAAGGAGCGCCUUGAGGCCCUCAUGAAGCGCUCUCUGGAGCGCAGCCUGCAGCUGGAGCAGAGGACGAAACGCUGGAGCAGAGGGUGUCCUCCGGGAGCAGCUCCCUGCAGCCCUCACAGGUCACCGUACCGUAGCACACUGAAUGCAAGUGAUCACAACAGAGCAGGUGUUCAGGGAGGUUCUCAGUCCACUCCCAACACGCCCAAGAAAGAGCGGUUGCGCAGAGAUAGAAGAACUGCAUCCCCAGGUUUUGGAUCCCCUGUGAGAAGAGCAGAAUCUCCUGCUAUUGCCAGCAAGCACUUAGCUUCCCCAGCCACUAUCUUGACAUCCAAGAUGCACACCCAAUCUCCCAGUGGUGUACGCCAGGAGCACUCCUCUCCAGUAAGACAUCGUCCCAACCUGCCAAGCGAUGGCCACAAGAAAGUAGAGGAUAAGAAAUCGGACAGAAACUGUGAAGAAUCCACAACCGAAGUUUCUGUCAAAAAGAAGUCUAUCACUGACAGCCCUGCAUCCGCUUCACAAGUGGAGAAAAAAACUGAUAAAGAUGUGGUCCCUUCAGACAAAUCCAAAGCACCCAAGACGGACACUAUCGAUAAGAGCGUCAAGAAUGAGACCGCUGAUAAAACCGAUUCCUCUGACAAAAAGGACACUACAGAAUCAUCACCACUGACACCCACAACAAAGCCAUCCACUGGCACGACAAAUGCAGAGGAGGCCUCUAGGAUGCUAGCAGAGCGUAGGCGUCAGGCCCGAGUGCAGAAGGAACUGGAGGAGCAAAAACGCUGCGAACAAGAGGAGGAAGAAAGACUGAAGGCAGAGCAGCUCAAAAUGCAGCUUGCACAAAACCACCCGGCAAAGGAGGAGAAGAAAACCCCACAAGUGUCAGAGGAAAGAAAAAAAGAGCAGGAUAUUGAUAGCUGGAGAGAGGAUGAUGAAAAACGACAAAGAGAGGGACAGGAAAAGGAGCCACAGAACAAGAUAGAUAGAGAGAGAGAAAAAACCAAGGUACUGCCCCAGGAGGAUGCAGAGCGCCAGCGUCAAGGUAGAGAGAUGCAGAAGAUUCAAGAGGAGGAGGAGAGACAAAUAAGGAAGAAGAGAAUCGAGGAGAUCAUGAAGAGAACAAGGAAGGGUGAAGUUGAUUUGAAGGAGGGACAGGUGGAGACAAAGUGUGUCUCACCACCAGGGGAAAUAAGGAUAAAUGUGCAAACUAGUGAUGAGAUGAAAGACGAAGCAACCCGAAAAGUUGAGUUUCAGGUCAACGAACGCGUCAAUGUCCAGGAUGCUGCCCUGGUGAAGAAAGAAGAAGCAAUGACACAGGUGGCCGAUCAGAAGAGCCUCCAAGUUAAAAAAAGCAUUGCAAAAGUAGCAACACCAAAGAGUGUUGUGGAAAAGGGACCAGACACCAAACAAGUUAGUGAACAGCAGGGCACUCAAGUAAACAAAGAUGGUACAGCCCAGGUUUUUAAGCAGCAGGAGAGAAAGCUGGAAACCCCAGUGAACAAGCAGAAUAUUGUUCAGACAAAUGUUAAAGCCACUGAUCAAAUGAAUAAAGACUUGACAAAGACAGCAGAUAGCAAAGUAACCAAAAAGGAGGGUGUUGUAGUGAAUGGAGAAAUGAAGAAUCAAGGAAAUGGCAUGGUGAGCAGCCACUGUACCACUGAGGUAACCAAACAGCAACAAAAAUUACAAGUAGAAGAAAGUCCCGCUGUGUCGACAGUUGAUGGAAAGAUCAAAAAAGGUUCUGAAACUCAGGUCACCAGACCCUCUGUUACACCCCUGCCAGUGAUGACCCCACCACCACCACUCAUUAAGCUGGAGCCAUUGGAUGUGAAAGGCAACAAUUCUUGUGACGAGGUGCAGUCCAUGGAGGUCAGCCCAGCUUCCAAGGAGGAACUAAUUUCCAUCCCUGAGUUUUCCCCAGUCAAUGAAGUUCACCAGAAUAGUAUGAGUAACACUCGUGCUCUUGAGGACCUGUUGGACCUUACAGGCAAUGUUUCCUGUCCCAAAUUGUCCACUGAAAGUAAUGUAGGUGACUGCAACAAAAAUCUGAUUGAGGGUGUUGUUAGUCCCAUUUCAGAUCCAAAGCUCAUCCAGCUAUCUUCUGCAUCCCCAAAUAAGCUUAGCAUUCACUAGUCCACUAAUAUCUCUCUCUC